AUGUCCGCUAGUUACUGGGAAUCCACACAGCGUCAGAAAUGGCAGUACACGCGUGAAAGCCUUUUUCGCGAAAGACACCAGCUAUGGCUCAUGGAGUGCCAGCUUUUCCCACAGGGUCUGACCGUGACCAUGGAGAACAACAAAGCCGACGGCGAGGCUGUCACACGUAAUAUCCCCAUCACCCACGUUGACUUGCACUACGGCAAGGACUACAAUCUACGCAUCUACUGCUAUUUUCUCAUCAUGAAGCUAGGCCGGCGACUGAACAUACGGCAGUACGCGCUGGCUACGGCACACGUAUACUUAGCGCGGUUUCUACUAUGCGCCUCUGUGCGGGAGGUUAACCUGUAUCUUCUAGUGACCACCUGUAUCUACUUGGCGUGCAAAGUCGAAGAAUGUCCGCAGCACAUCCGCGCGCUAGUGAACGAGGCGCGCUCGUUAUGGCCCGAGUUCGUGCCCCCUGAUCCCACCAAGGUCACGGAGUUUGAGUUCUACCUGCUCGAGGAGCUGCAGAGCUAUUUGAUUGUGCAUCACCCAUACCGCUCGAUGGAGCAGAUUGUCAGCGCCCUGCGCUCCGAGCCCUACGGUCUCGUGCUCUCCGCAACUGACCUUCAAAAUUGCUGGUCCCUCAUCAACGACAGCUACAUCACCGACCUACACCUUUUAGUACCGCCCCACGUCAUUGCCAUGGCUUCCAUGUUGAUCAUCGUGUCUCUACAGCGAUCACAGCGCCCUUCCCUACAAGAAACGUUCAACUCCUUCAUGGCCCAGUCUCAGGUUGAUCUGGCCGAAGUCAUGGACACAAUUCAAGAUUUGAUUACCAUGUAUGACUACUGGGACAAGUACAACGAACCGUGGGUUAAGUUCCUCUUACAUUCGUUGUAUCUGCGCUCGACGUAA